AUGAGUGCAAUUAUUGUCAUGAGCAUCAAGGCCAUACUGUCAGGAAGCCUGACCAUAGGGGACCCUGAAUAUAGGGUCAUUGCCAGAGCCAUUGUGGGCGUCCUCCUGUUCUUCAUCCUUGUGGGGCUGCUGAUUUUCUUCCUGAGAAAGAGGAAAAGGAAGCCUCAGCAGAAGGAAGCUCCCAGAGACCUGGAGUUCAGAUUCCCAGGAUAUAGCCUCACCAAAGACUUUGCUGACCACAGUCUCUGGAGCCCCAAGGAGUUCAUUGCAGCACAGGGCCCCCUGCCCCACACUGUGAGUGACUUCUGGCAUCUGGUAUGGGAGGUCAUGCUGACUAACUGCAUGGAGUCUGGACUGGUGAAGUGUGAGCACUACUGGCCUCUGGAUGCUCAGCCCUGCACUCACAGGAAGCUGCGGGUGACGCUGCUGGCUGAGGAGGUGACAGAGGACUGGACAGUGAGGGAUCUUCAGCUCUACCACAUGGGGCAGCAGCAGACCCUCUUUGUACGUCAGUUCCACUACCUGGCCUGGCCAGAUCAUGGAGUUCCUUACUCCCCAGACCCCUUGCUGGCUUUCUGGAAGGUGGUUCGGCAGUGGUUGGAUCAGACCGCAGGUGGAGGCCCGCCCAUUGUUCACUGCAGUGCUGGUGUGGGCCGGACAGGCACCCUUAUCGCGCUGGAUGUCCUGCUCAGGCAGCUGGAGUGUGAGGGGCUGGUGGGGCCCUUGAGCUUUGUGAGGAAGAUGAGAGAGAGCCGUCCUUUGAUGGUGCAGACAGAGGCCCAGUACGUGUUCCUCCACCAGUGCAUCCUGAGGUUUCUCCAGCAGUCAGCCCCAGCCACCACUCAGAAGGAGGCAACAUACAAGAAUAUGGCAAACGUCAUCUAUGAGAAUGCAGCCGCCAUCCAGGCCCAUGAGUUGGAGACCUAAGCUAAGCCUACAUACAGCAAUAUUCAGGCUAGAUCUGGAUACUGUUGAGCCCAGAUCUCUGGAUCCCCCAAGAAAACAGGUUUGAGCUCCAGCCUCCCCAACCUUGUGUGACAAGGCCACUGUACUUCCAACACAUGAGCCCUAUGGGAGCUGGAGGACAGGGGUCCUAGGUGGAUUUGUUGUUGACAUAGGAGGCAGCUGUGGCCCAGGUGUGCAGGGUUUCAAGGAAACAGGCUGGAACCUAGAUUCAGAGGAAGGAAGGAAUCGGGGGUCUGGGAUUCUGACAUUUCGGGAAGAAGGACAGGCAGGAGCCUGCCCUGCGUUUACUUUAGAAA